UAACGAUCAACAACCGUCUUUGACGCUGCUAUUCAACACAUACCCGAAGAUGCCCGCCUCCAAGAAGAGGAAGGAAAAGCGGAAGGCCCAACGCGCUUUAGCACCGGCUGUCUGGGCUCGACAACCAAAUAGCCAACUGCUGCAGCUCCCUGGAGAACUGCGCGACACAAUUUACAAGUGGGUGCUUGGGUCGACGAGACUGACCUUCGGCGAACGUUCGACUUCUCGCAUCUGCCGCAAGCGGAUGAGAAGUGCGCCCACCGCCCUUGCACUCCUACGCAUUUGUCGACAGGUCUAUCGGGAGACUCGGCCUCUGUGGAUUGGUCUUGUUCUGUUCAACUUUGAGACUCCUAAAGCCUUACUUGAUACCCUCUCUCCGCUUCCAACAGCGGACUUGUCCAAAGUCCGUCACGUACGGAUGUCUGGAAUGUCGCUCAUGAUCCAGCCAAUCGACCAUGACGACGUCGUCUUUUACCGAACAGCUUCUGUUCUUCAACUGCUACCACACCUGCGCCUUGACACGCUAACCGUCCUCGCCUGUCCUUACGGCGAAGUUGCGUACGAUACGCUGAAUGGCCUAGUUGACCGGAGCAAUGGUUGGAGGGAGCUUCGAUACAUCUGCCCGAACUCCUCUAUGCUUGGCUUCAAAGCGGCCCCACAAUACGACUCCGACCCUUUUUCCGAGAAAUAUCGUCGCAAACCUCAACCUAGCGCUUGGAAUGCACAGAUAGGAGAGAGGGACGGAGGAGACUCGGGCGCCUCUGUCAUGAUCGACCGCUCAAUCUUAAUCAACACCCCAGGAUCCAUUAUCCACCCCCGUAACCGCGAGCCAUUCGUACAAGUACCAACUAAACAAGACGGGGAUCGGUAUGGUAAUGGAGAGGAGAGAGACCUAAUCGCCGGGCCGGGAUUGACAAAGGAGCUCCUCGUGGUGGUCAAGCGAGGCCACGGCGCAAAUAUUGCCGAGAAUACGAAUCCCCCAUUCGACGAAGCAACUGACAUUCGUGCAUGGUCCGGUAGUAUGAGCUGGAAGGAGAUCAAAAAGGCUACAGAGUGGAUACCAUCUGACGAGGAAGACGACGGCAUUUUGGCUUAUUCUGCUCCCCGCACACCAGAGGAAAUUGACACCUAUGAAGAUGUCGAUGAUAUCCAAUGGCCAAACAUCUCGUGAUCAUUCAAAUAUCACUCACGCACUCAACCGAAGCGCUUGGCAUGCUCGUCGAAGGGGAUAUAUGAUUCGCGUGUUUGAAGGGGAGGCUGAAGCCGGCGAAGUUUGGUGCGUCGGUAUCCAAAGCAGAACAGCGGCCUUAGACAUGACUCUAGUAACUCGGUCGAGUCCAGCCCUACAAGCAUCUAUGA